AUGGUAGAAUCACCUGCUCAAGUGCUGGGCCAAGGCGUCGGCUGGGCCGUCGUCGUCGGGCUCGGGUUCGCGUUUGCUGCAUUUAUGUUAUGCAUUACCUUUUUGCAAAACCGCUUCACCGACCACAGCACGAAAUCCAUCGAGGAAUUCAACAGCGCGAGUCGCUCUGUCAAGCCGGGGCUGGUCGCUGCUGGAAUCGUAUCUGCAUGGACUUGGGCAGCGACAUUACUUCAAAGCAGCACCGUCACGUUCCAAUACGGCGUGUCUGGUGCCUAUUGGUAUGCCGCAGGCGCCAUGGUCCAAAUCCUGCUGUGCUCCAUCAUGGCGUGCAAAAUUAAGAGCAGUGCGCCGUUCUGCUCGACAUACCUGGAAGUGAUCCGCAUUCGGUACGGCAAGAUGAUCCAUGCCGUAUUUAUCUUUUUUGCGCUGGUCACCAAUCUCCUAGUCUCUUCGCAGCUCGUAUUGGGCGGCGCCGCUGUCGUCACGCAGCUGACUGGCCUCCAUGUGCUUGCGAGCCUGUUUUUAAUUCCCACGAGCGUUGCUGUGUACACCGUGACUGGCGGUUUGCGCGCGACAUUCAUCGCGGACUACUCUCACACGAUUGGCCUCUUUGUCGUCAUCCUCUACUUCUUCUUUCACGUCUGGACGGGGCAUGGCCAAAUUGGGAGUUUAGAUACCAUGGUCGAGAAGCUCACGGCCAGUGCCAUGGCUCGCCCUGUGGUGGGCAACGCCGGCGGCUCCUAUCUUACCAUGCGGUCGAAAAGCGGACUUGUAUUUGGCAUCACCAACAUUUGCGGAAACCUUGCGACUGUAUUCUGUGACCAAUCCUACCACCAGCGUUCGAUUGCGUCGCUGCCAACCACUGCCGCCCGCGGUUUCCUGCUCGGGGGGAGCUGUUGGUUCCCGAUUCCAUUCCUGUUUGCAACGACCAUGGGGCUUGCCGCGCGUGCAUUGAUGCACACGGACCCAAGCAUGGCCGUGCUCACAGACGAGCAAGUCACGGCAGGCCUUGCCGCGCCUUCUGCAGCCGUUGCUCUCGCCGGAAAAGGCGGAGCAGUAGCCGUGCUCAUUCUCCUGUUCCUCGCAGUGACGUCUGCAACAUCUGCGCAGCAAAUCGCCGUUUCAUCCGUAUUUGCUUUUGACGUGUACAAAGUGUACGUAAAGCGCGACGCAGACGCAAAGCAUAUGCAAUACAUCACCCACGGCACUGUGAUUGUCUGGGCGCUCGUCAUGGCCGUGUUCGGCGUGAUUUGGCACUAUGCAGGAAUCAGCCUCGGCUGGCUGUACCUCAUGAUGGGAAUCAUUGUCGCCCCCGCCGUCUUUCCCAUCUUUGCCUCGCUCACAUGGCACAAGACUAACCGCGUCGGGUGCGUCGUAGGGAUGAUUGUCGGGCUUGCGCUCGGGAUCCUCGUGUGGCUCGUCACGGCGUAUACGUAUUAUGGCAGUGUCACUGUCGCGACCACCGGAGAACAGUAUUCGACUCUUGCUGGAAACCUGGUUUCGAUCUGCACCUCGACGAUCAUUACACUCGUCUGGAGCCUUGUACGCCCACAAAACUACACGUUUGCAGAAACGCGCGCGUUUAAUGCACCGGUGGACGCAUUGUACGAGCCAGACCACACAAUGCCAAGCAUAGACCACAGCCCGACCACAAUGUCUAUCUGCAGCAAACCAGAGGUGGAGUGUACGGGUUAUGAUCUCGAGAAGCCCAAGGCGGUGGUGAUGCAUUUCCGCGACCCUGGCAAGGACAAUAUCGAGUACGUGCGCGCCGCAGGCCUGGACCCUGCUGUAAUUACCUCUACUGCACGCCGCGUUAUUGCCAUCUCCAUCAUUGCGUCCACAUGCUUGAUAUUGGUCGUGCCGGCGAUUGCACAAGCGGCGCGCAUUUGGACGCCCGCGGGGCUGGGCGCGUGGAUAUGGCUUGGCUUUGUGUGGCUAAUGUGGAGCAUUUUUGGGGUGGGUAUCCUGCCACUAUGGGAGGCUCGUGCAGAGCUCUCCGUGCUUUUUGUUAAUAUUGGCAAGCAUAUCCGCGGCAAGGCGUAG